AUGAUGAAAGGAUUCAAGAACCGCCUUACCCGCAACAAGUCCCAGGGAGGUAAGGGUAAAGACAAAAAGGACAAGGAUUCCAAGGACUCCAAGGACUCCAAGGACACAAAACCCGCCAAGGCAAAGGACGGCCAGCAGAAACCGCUGCUGUCGCCGGGACUGCUGGUGAAGCUGCUCUCGCCGCUGCCACUGACAAAACUGACCCCGUCGAACCAGGACGCGUCUCCGAAAAUCGUCAUUGACGACGCCCUGGGCCUGGGGUCGGCGCCCACCCCACAAUUCGCCACGCAGCAGUCGUACCAGCCCCAGCCACCGCAAAUGGUGCUGGCCAACGUCACCACUCCGGUGACGCCGACGCCGACGCUGCCCAUAUCCCAGGCGCUGCCGCAACUGUCGUUUGACACCAAAGCGCCCCACCUGGCCCAGGGGCAGCACCCCUUUGCACUCAACCCCAACAUUUCCCUGCCGAACAAGGAUCUGUUUGAUAUCGACUUAAUCGUCACCCCUAAGCGUCAUCUGAGCUCACGGUUUGAGCCGACGCUGCUGGAAAAGUACCAGGAAAUUGUCAAAUUGCCCAACUUUGACGAAGUAUCGCCAGGGGAACAAAUCCCGUUGUUCAUCCAGAAAAUCGAACAAUGCAAUAUCAUGUUUGACUUCAGCGACCCGACGUUUGAUUUGCGUGGCAAAGAAAUUAAGCGCAUCACCCUUCAAGAGCUCAUCCACUUUAUCUCAAAUAACCGCUUCACUUACACCGACGAAAUGUACAAGCUGGUGGUGCACAUGUUCAAGACCAAUUUGUUCCGACCCAUACCGCCGCCGGUUAAUCCUGUGGGCGAACUCUUUGACCCCGAUGAAGACGAGCCGGUGCUGGAAUUGGCCUGGCCCCACAUGCAGACAAUCUACGAGUUUUUCUUGCGUUUCAUCGAGCUGCCUGACUUCCAGCAUCAAGUGGCGAAGCAAUAUAUUGACCACGACUUCAUAUUAAAGAUCCUCGAGUUGUUUGAUUCCGAAGACCCCCGAGAACGUGAUUGUCUCAAGACCACAUUGCACCGUAUUUACGGUAAGUUUUUGAGCUUGCGGAGUUUUAUUCGUAAGCUGAUCAACAAUGUAUUUUUACAGUUUGUCUACGAGACCGAACGGUUCAAUGGGAUCGGCGAGUUGUUGGAAAUCUUAGGGCUGAUCAUCAAUGGGUUCGCCUUGCCACUCAAAGAGGAGCACAAAAUCUUCUUGGUGCGGGUGUUAUUGCCGUUGCAUAAGGUGAAGCUGGUCCUGUUAUACCACCCGCAAUUAGCGUACUGCAUCGUUCAAUUCUUGGAAAAGGACCCUCUGUUAACCGAAGAUGUCAUCAUGGGGUUAUUACGGUACUGGCCCAAGAUCAACUCGCCGAAGGAAGUGAUGUUUUUGAAUGAAGUCGAAGACAUAUUUGAGGUGAUGGAACCCACAGAGUUUUUGAAGAUUCAAAUCCCAUUAUUCGCCCAGUUAAGCAAGUGCAUCGCGCUGCCUCACUUCCAAGUGCUGGAAAAAGUGUUGUGCUACUGGUCUAACGAAUACUUCUUGACGUUAAUCACGGAAAACGCCGAAGUGGUGUUGCCGAUCAUUUUUGCCCUGCUUUACGAGCUCACUAAUCUGACGCAACCGGGGAUCGAGAACGGGGUCAUGCAACAGAAGUUGAGCAACCACCCCCUGGCGACGGUGGAUGCCCACGGCAAUCUCAUCGACGCUGGUCUCGUGCUCCAGGACCUGAACCUGGGGAUAAUACCCCUGUCUAACGAUGCCAGCCACCCCCACCACCAGUUACUCGCCGUCCACGCGCUGGUGCGUCGCGGCGACGACGAGAACGGCAACCAUGGGCCUCAAGGCGAAAUGACCGACGAAGAGUACUACGACUCGUUCUCGCUGAUGCAGCAGCCGGAAUACGGCUACGACGAGAACAACGUUUUGCAGCACAACCUGGCGACGCUGAAUUGGAACCGUCUGAUCCACUCGUUGGCAUACGGCGCCCUCAAAGCGUUCAUGGACCACAACCCGAUUCUCUACGACCACUGCACCAUGUUGUACCACCAGCUGUUGGAGGAACAGAAGCAGCGCGAGCUCGCCCGCAAGGAAGGGUGGCGUCGCAUCGAGGAGUACGUGGCGAAAAAGCGGCAGGAACAGGCCAACCAGGCGCAGCAGGUUUAG